ACAUGCAGCCCUUUAUGAUAAUCAAAUUAUUAGUUAAUUUUUAGUUAUUAGAUUUCUGAGAAAGUAAUCAGAGGUAAUAAAUGUCUAUCUACUGACCUCUUUUGGUGGGAAUUGAACAUUACAAGAGCCUUGGCUCAACAAAAAGAUUCGAAAAAACAUGAAGGAUGUUCCUGAAAUCUCUGUUCAUAAUUUUUCCAAUAUUGCCCGGGGUAAGAUUAUGGAAACUAAAUAGUAUGCUGUGUGUUUAAAUUCUAUGGUAAAUAUAUUAAUUAUGGGGAAAUGUGCUAUUUACCAUGGCUAAAUAAUGAGAAGGACACAGUCAAGUGACAAGAACUACAUUAUUGACUGGUUCAUCUACAAAAAAAUAGAAAAAUAAUUCUGUUUAAAAAUUAGACCGUGCAAAAGUUGCAUAUGUCACAGUUCAUAGAAAACACUAAAGGUUUCUAUAGUUACUUGUGGAAACACAUGUUAAACUAUAUUUUGUUUUGUUUUGUUUUGUUCUAUUCUACCAGCACUUGCAGCGCUACUUCCGGUGACCCAUUGAAAUAACAGGGAUCCUUGUUUUUCACACUACAAUAUAUUGUAUCUAUCUAUGUGAAUAUGAAUUAAUGAAAUACACAGCGGUGUUUCCCCUUUAAAAAUAAAGCGACGUAACGUGACGCGCAUGCUUUCGCCCAUUUACCCUUGUGGUUCUCCUCGCGCGGCAAUCAUCUACAGACACCUACCGCAUCAUCUCGGAGCGGAGUGAUCCACUAUCACGCCGUAUCACGGCUCCUCAGGGCUGCAGGGAGGCCGGGGGAUACGAGGAGCACAACGACGGCGAUGGAGACAGAGGAGGAGUGACAGCGGCGCAGAGGAGCGGGCACAGGCUUUAGGCUGUGGCCUGUCAUCAAGAGACAGAGAGGGACAGUGACUACGGAGGAGGAAACUCUCGAGGCUGUGCCUGAGACCGUCUUGCCACAUGUCUGCUCCUGCUCCGGCCAAUCGAAGGACUACAUCGGGCUCUCGUCGGUUUGACUACUGCAGGUUUAUAGAGUUAGACUACGUUCCCAUGGAGGCGGGCUACAUGGUCUCAAUGCGCCCCACCAAAGGCUAUUCAACAACCAAGUCUCCAACUAAAGGAUAUGUGUCCACCAAAUCGCCGGACCGCCAUAACCGCUCCACAAACUCUCCGUCCAACACUCGUACUCGGCGGACUCCGGCCACGCCCAGUUGUAGAGAUCCCCAUGGCAACGCCUCCCUGAGCAGCAGCAACAACUCGGGCUCUUGUAAAGGCAGCGACUGCAGCCCCACUAAAGGGCGCAACCAAAAGUACACAUCAUGUACAGACAACCAUGGUAUUCGACCCCCUCCACCAGAGCAGUAUCUCACUCCUCUGCAGCAGAAGGAGGUGUGUAUCAGACACUUGCGGGCCAAGCUCAAAGAAACCAUUACCACACUACAAGACAGGGACACAGAGAUCGACGAGCUGAGAGGACGACUGUACAGGAUGCAGGAGGACUGGGUGGAGGAAGAAUGUCACCGUGUGGAGGCUCAGCUGGCCCUGAAGGAGGCACGACAGGAGAUCCAGCAGCUCAAACAGGCCGUGGACACUGUCCGCUCCAGGCUCAGUGAUGCAGGUGGACUGAAUGGAGACGUGGGAGUCCAGAAGUACUUCCAGGACAUCAACAUGCAGAACCACAAGCUAGAGAACCUUUUGCUGAGCAUGGAGAUAGCCCAGGCUGGAUUAGCCAAAGAGGGAGAAGCCAUGGGCCAAGGAUUUCGAACCCGUGUUGGGGGUUCGGCACCAGCGUCAGUGUCAGGGGAGAGUCCUGGAGCAAUACCCAAACCAGCAGUAGGUGGGAGGGGGUCUUGUUCCUGUGAUGGUUCUCCUGCCCGUUCUCUGACCAGAAGCUCCACCUAUACUAAACUUACUGAUCAGGCGUUGGCAGACCAGAACGACUUUCCCGGUCUGUCAGGAGACGGCACCCAGGACAGUGGUUUUGUGUGCUGUGGGGACAGCAGCGUUCCGAGUCGGGCUGACCUGUUGUUAGAGGCUGCCUACCUGUCGGAGGAAACGGCAUCUUUACUCAACUCAUACACACAGACCUUCGCUCAGUCUUUACCCCACUCUCUGCCCACCUCUAUGCCCAACACCCUGCCCCACACCUUCUCCCAUACUUUACCUCGUUCUUUUCCUCACAAUCUGUCUCAUUCCGUCUCUCACGCUAUGCCGCACUCGGCCACCUACGAGAAGCUGUGCACUGGCGAGCGGAUGGUGCCGUUCCGCUGUGGCCUUGGUGGAGUCAGCUGUAUGAGCCACCCCUGCCUUUCCCACCACCACCUGUACCUGCAUCCACUGCGUGAGACAGGUAUCCAGACUGAAAGCUGCCCAAUCCCCGCGACAGCAGGUUAUCCUUCGGAUCUGGACACCAUUGCAGAACAACGCACGUUUCGCUCCCAGGCCUGCAGUCCUACCUCCACCUGGCUCUCUGAUGAGGGAGAGGAGGACCUGGACUCCAUCACCACCACAACAUCUGUAACAACAGCGACAGUAAUGAGUACGGCAACGGAGCCGAUCCCAGUGUCCAAAACACCAGUGGUCCCUCCAUUACAGCGGUCCGCUACUAUGGCCUGCUCCCCUCGUUUUUGCAGAGAGGGAGAAGUUGAGGAAAGUGAAAAACAGGAUGUGGAAAAGAGAGAAACAGAAGAGAAGGUCACAGAGCAGCAAAAAGAAGUGACGGUGAUUGAUGUGGAGAACGAAGAAGAGCAGAGGCAGGACCAGGACUCACCCGGGGUCUUUGAUGAGGCGGACAGUCAGGGGGCAGUCGAGGACUCACCACCAGUAAAACCCUGUGACUUUACAGAGACUUCAGCAGGGAUCCAAGGGGAUCUUAAAUUUGGAAGUUGCUGUGGAGAAACCAAGAGGAAUGGAAUUACACCAAGAAAUGUCAGCGUAGAAGAAGAUGGUCCAUUAGAAGGAUCGCCAAAGGAUGAGGCGGGGCCACCAAGUCCAAGUCAGGAAGGAUUAUCACUGGGUCUAGAGCUGCCCCACACCUCACAGCCACUGAGAUCUCCAUCUCUUCAGAAAAUUGCUGGCUUGACUGUAGUGGAGGUGCCCGACAAGGACGAUGAGGAAACUCAAGAGCAGCACAGCACAGCAGGGGGCGCCAUAGCAGAUGUGGCAUCACCUGAUGCUUCAGCCAUUCAGAAAAGCUACUGGAGUCGCCACUUCUUAAUUGAUCUGCUCGCAGUGGCCAUCCCGGUGGUGCCGACGGUGGCUUGGCUGUGCCGCGGCCCGGUCCGUGACAGGCAGCCCAUGUACCAUAUAGGAUCUCUGCUGCGAGGCUGCUGCACUGUGGCACUGCACUCACUACGAAGGGGAGGUGGGCUCAGGCAUUACCCCGCAGGCGGGGGGGACAUGGGCGGAUCACAGAUAUGACAUGUAGUUCUAUCGAGCACCUCUUUGGUCCUUUACGGUUAGCUAUCGCUCAGAUAUUUCUGAGAGUAGAAGAUUGCGACGAAGUAUCGAAGUUGAAAGAGCCAUAAAAAAAAAAA